AUGAAUUGUGUAGAAAUUAUGACGAGCAAAAAGUAUCACUAUACUCAGAGAAAUGACGAUAGAAGUGAAUAUCCUAAUCGAAUAAAUGCAUUACAACGUUUUAAUAUUUAUCCAGAAAUCGUACUCGGAACAAUAUGGCGUCUGCUAAAAUUAGAAACACUUUUUGCAACUCCAUACAACUUUUAUGUUUAUGCAGGUAUAAAUAAAAAAAAUUCAAAAGAUGUUUUUUAUAAUGAGACUAGUUGGAUUUUCUUUGAGAGAAAAUUUUGCUUCUGUUUAUAUGUGGGGGAUUAUUUUACAUAUAUAUAUUAUUCUCAGAGAAAAGAAGGUAAGAAAGGAUAUGAUACCUUAUCUGUUUUAUAUCGAUAUAUUUUAUUUGACAUACCAUUCCUUUAUUUUUUUCCUCUUCAACAGAUAUCAGCUUUAAACUAUGUGCCCCUACUUUUUUAUGGCUUUUUUUUUUUAAUAACAUGGCAAUUUUCUGUUUUCAUUUUGCUAACCAAUAUUGUUAGUCUUUUUAUAGUUUAUUUAUUGGGAUAUGAAAUAAAAAAAGAAUUUGAAAACAUAUUAAUUGUUUUUGGCUUGUCUUAUAUAUUAUCUUUAGUAGUUACUUUAUUUCCAAGAUAUAUGUUAUAUACAUAUUUCCCAUAUGUCCUUGUUUCAAUUCUAGUAACAAUCAUAUAUAGUGAUAUUAUAAACACAGAAAAUAAUAUAGCAUUUAAAGAUCAAAAAUUAAAGCCAAUUAAAAAUAAAGAAACUAACAAAAAAGAUAAAUCCUUAAUUAGUAUGUCAAUGAACAUUUUUAAAAAUAAUUCAAACACAAAUAUGACUAACAAAAUAGUAGAAGGGAUGAAUGAAAUUCAAAAUAAUUUAUUUAAAAAAGACAAAAUAAAAAUAGAUGAAAAUAAUAUAACCAACUUUAAUAUAUUAAAAAAAAUUAAAUUUAUGUUAAAAAAUGGAUUUAUAUCAGUAUUUAUAUUUCUAUUUUUACGUAUACUUAUAAUAAACAAAACAAAAGAUGAUUCACAUGUUCUUUCAUUAUUAAAAGUCAGAUUAAAUAUAGGAAACCAUAAUUUUGAUACAAUGAUAUAUAGUGGAGGAGGAGAGUUUAAACCAUUUUCAAAAAAUAUGUUUAAUAUGAUAAAAGAAACAGCUUUAUUUGAUUAUUCUAUUAUAUUUGUAAUUAUAUAUAGUUUUUAUAUAAUCAUAUAUUUAAAAUCGAAAUAUAUAAAAAAAGACACAAUAAAAUUUAAUGAAUUUAUUACACCAAAUUUUAUUUUUUUAUUAAUACAAGCUAUAUUUUUUAUAUUCCUUAUGUUAAUAAUAGCUAGACUUCGUGUCUUAGCAUUGCCUCUUUUAUGUGUCAUUUCAUCUUUGGUUGGAUCCCCUACUUUUUUAAAUAAUAUAAUUUUUAUUAUUGCUAGUCCUUCUUUUCCUUUAGUCAGAAAACUGAGAAAAGCGGCAAAAAUCAUGAUACAUAUAAUUUGCAUCUAUGAAUGGAUAUAUCCAUUUAUGAAAUAUUUUCCGAAAUAUGAAUACAUAAAUAUUAUAAGAAACGAACCAUCAAAUUUGCAAAAUAAUUUAGAUUUAAUUAGUUGGUUGAAAAUAAAUAUAAAAGAGGGGGAACCAAUAUUAGCUGAUAUACCUACAUCGAGUUUUUUAAGAUCAACAACCAAUUUUAAAAUGAUUUUACAUCCACAAUAUGAAGAUGUAGGAUUACGAAAACGGGUUCAAGAUUAUUACAUGCUAGCUAGUUGUAUACCUUUUGUUGAUGCAAAAAAAUAUUAUUAUGAAAAAUAUAAAAUUCGUUAUAUUAUUAGUAAUAUUUAUAGAUGUGCAUCUAUAAAUGGGGGAAUGGGCCCAUUUAAUUUAGCGGAUCAAAUAGAUUCUAAUUAUUCUAGAUGCACAAAUAAAAAAAAUAUCCGAUUUUGCCAAAAAGUAAUAUAUGAUGAUACCAAUUAUAAAACUUUAUAUAGAAAUGGAAAAUAUAGUGUUAUAAAAUUUACUUCAAAAGUUAUUGAAGAUAAUGAACCGUAUCAACCAAUUGAAGAAUCAAAAUAUGCUGACAUCUCAUAUUUUAUGCCAUGGAUAUCUAGAUGUAUAAAAACAGAUAAUAAAUGUGCAAUUCAUAUAGCUGAAGUUGCAAGAACGAAUUUAGAUAUAUUACAAAAUUAUAAAAUAGCAUCCCUUUUAUAUAAUUAUAUAGAAAACAAAAUUUUUAACCAUCCUAAAACCAAUGACACCAAUGAUGACAAACUGGAAGAUGAAAUAAAAUGGGAUAAAGAUAUUCUCACAAUAUUUCAUUUAGCUGAAUAUUAUGAUUAUGAUAUGAAAAAUAUAAAUAAAGCAAAUAUGUUAUAUAAAAAAGCAACCGAUUUAAUAAUACCAAAUGAUAUACAACAUAAUCAGGAUAUAUCCCUGACAACUGGUCAUAUGAUAGGUAGGACUCCUAUGAUUCCUUUAACUAGCCAAAUACACAUACUUUCAUCGUAUAUAUACUUUUUACGAGAUACAAAAAUAUUUAAAAGUAAAAAUGAAUUAUUUAUUCUUUAUAAUAAAAUCGAUAAACUUAUAAAAGUUGUUACAUUUUCAUUAGAUAAUGGAUAUUAUUAUGAAAAUAUAAAAUCAAAUGAAUCAGAUAAAACGGAACAAAUAACUAAAAUAAUAUUUUAUAAAAAAAAUUUAGGACAUAUUUUAAACGACUUGUGUGAACAUGCAAUUCAUAUAUACACUAUUAAACAUGAAUAUACAGAAUAUCAAUCUAUUUAUAAAAAUAUAUGGAACUUAGUUAAAAAAGUUUCAUAUCUAGAUGAAUGUGUUUUGAAAAAUUUUCAUAUACUUGAAAAUAGAAAAUUAAAUCAAAUUGAUUAUUUCAAAUUUUUUUACAUCUAUUAG